ACCACGAGCUCGUUUCUCUCUUUCUUCUCGCUUUCGCCAAGAUCAAAUCAAAUCAUAUCAAGAAAAUCCAAAACACAGAGAGAGAGAGAAAGAAGAGCGAAAAUUUGCAGAGAGAGAGAUCGGCAACUACCUCUCGAGACUCUUUGAUGGCCACGAGCAAGAGCUACUUUGCCAAUCGAGCGAACUACCGCUUCUUCUCCCACGAACCGGCCCCCGCCGCCCACGGCUCGGCCGCGUUCGAGCUGGACGAGUCGGACGUCAUCUACGACUCGCCGGAGCUCCGCAGGCCCGUCCAGAGCUCCUCCUGCUCCUCCUCCCGCUCCUCCUCCAAGAAGUCAUCCGCCUCCCCCGCCUCCAAGCGCUCCGACCCCGCCGACCGAAGCGGCUCGACUUCGUCGUCGCUGCCGGUCAACAUACCGGACUGGUCGAAGAUCCUGAGGGCCGAGUACCGAGAGAACCGCCGGCGGGACAGCUUCGACGACAGCUGCUACUCCGACGACGAGGACGCGUGCGGGGGAGGGGAGGACGGCGCGCGGGUGCCGCCGCACGAGUUCCUGGCGAGGCAGAUGGCGAGGACGAGGAUCGCGCCGUCGGUGCACGAAGGGAUCGGGAGGACUCUGAAGGGGAGGGAUCUGAGCAGGGUCCGAAACGCAAUUUGGGAGAAGACGGGGUUCGAGGACUGAGAAGAUGGGCGAGACGUCAGGGGAGGGUGCGGGGGGCGCGAGCUGCAAGCUUUCGUCGCUGUUUCUGAGUAACUGCGGAGGAAUUUUAUUACAGAAUAUUCGUUUUUAGGUAAAAUGAAAAAUUCUAAUCAAAUCGGAUGGCCCCACAUUCUUUUUUUGUGUGUGUGUGUGUGUGGGGUCUUUCUCGAUGACUUCUUUGAGGGGGGUUUACUACUUUUAACCCCAAAUUUUGUUUUUGUUUUUUGGGUAGUCUUGACUCUUGACUCUUGAGGUGGCUUUUUCUUAUUGGAAUGGAAUUUCUAUGUGGUUUUCCCUCUCGUCCAUCGCCCCGCAUUGAUUGAUGUUGUUCUUCUUU